AUGGUCCCUCUUGCCGACAACGACGACACGGCGGGUGCCGACCGGGACGGCUUGCGUGUCUCGGUCACCAAGGACGCGGCUGGAGAUCUGUUCCUUGUCCAGGACGUUGAUAACGAACAACCCACCGUGCCCCAUCAAACUCAAGAAGGCUCGUCGCAGGGUUCAAAGAGGCCGAUCGCCGACAAUGGUGGCAUGGACGGUGUUGAUGACGGUCAUGUUCCGAGGGAAACAGCGUCUCUCAUUGUCGACGCGGGCAAUACGAUUGAGGAGAAUGGGGAUAACCACGGCCCUUACUUAUCACCGUCAGACGUCGUCAUGAUUGUUGACGAAUCAAAGGAUGUGUCGACGUUGAUCGACACCGGUACUCGAGGAAUUUCCAUUCUUGAUGGCACUCCUGCUAUUAGUGACGAACAUGGAACGAAAGACGACGUUGAAACAUACGACGACGAGAACUAG